AUGACCUCUGACAUUGGUGGCCUCGAUGUUCGUGAGCCGGGGGAGCAAUCUGCACAUAAGGAUGAUGGUCUUUACAUGUCUCUUAGGCAUCCUACGGCCAUUCUCCUUAUUUACUCUGGACUGUGCAACAGCUUCCGCCUCGGGGGCUUGCUCCUCGCAUCUGGCGCCAUCUCCUCGCUUGUUAGAGACCGAUACUACCUCUCUUUCGCCACUUUAUCUUUUCUCGCCGGCCUCUUCCUCACCACAUUCACGGGCGUUGUUGAGCCUGUACACUUCGUCGACGAUGACAGCGUCGACCCCGUUACCGCCAUCACCCUUGACUUGAGUCGCCUGGUCCUCGGAGUGCAGCUGCUCUUCGCCGGCGUGUCGUUACCGAGUCGCUUCUUACGUACCGAGUGGAGAUCGCUGGGUCUGCUCCUUGGACCCGGUCUCGUGGCUAUGUGGUUGUGCAGCGCUCUGGUCAUUUGGUUGCUGAUUGCAGGACUCCCCUUCAUACAUGCCGCAGCCAUCGCCGCGUGCAUCGCUCCGACGGACCCCAUCUUGUCGGUUGCCAUUCUGGAAGGGCGGUUCGCGGACGAGAACGUGCCCCGUACACUGCGGGAUCUCAUCAUUGCCGAGUCGGGUGCCAACGAUGGCCUGGGUUACCUCUUCCUCCUUUUCGCUCUCAGCUUGAUCAAGCAUUCUGCGACUGCCGCUUCUGUAGUCAACACUGGAGGCCUCGGCGCUGCCUUGGGUGGUAUACCUGUCUGUGGGUGGUCGGGGCCAGCAUCGUGUAUGGCUGGCUCCUAGGACACCUGGCCCGUUUUAUCCUCCGUUGGGCAGAUGGUAGGGGUUCUCAUAGACCGAGAGAGUUUACUUGCCUACUCUGUGGAGCUCUCUCUGUUCAUCCUCGGCACAUGCGGCAUGUUGGGAAUCGACGAUGUCCUGCCGUGCUUUGUCGCUGGGAAUGCCUUGACAUGGGAUGAUUGGUCCCGCUUGGAGACACUCGACGACAAGUUUCUGCUGUCAGUCUGACGCAACGGAGACAUCAAAGAUAAGCAUCGUUGUUCAUCAAUUGAAAAGUGCCUGUCCUUCCCAUGUAAAAGACAGGUUCUGAUCCACUAUGUAUAGGUGCUGUCUCUGAUACGGUUGAUUUGGGUGAACCAGCUCGGUCGAACCCGGCCGAGUGGUUAAAUAAUCUGAUAAGAGAUAGAGCUCCAGAGCUUGACAGCUGCGCCAAUCUUGCACAGGUAACCCUUCAGUCGUAUCAUCCCCGUUCGUAGUUGUUCGAGCACUCUCGCUUGGGCUGCCGUCAGCGCAUCGUAUAUCCUACGCGUGUGCUUUCCCGGUAGUGCCGUGUUGAUUCUCUUGGAGUAUUUGCCCACUUCGUCCGGUAGGGUCUGGCAGUCUGCUUGGCCCUUUCUCGC